GACCUCAACUGCCCACUCAGCACACUCAAAUCUUUCAUCGCCUUCUUCACGAGAAUCUUCUGAUCAAAUUCUCAAGAACCCUAAUUUCAUCAGAUCUUCUCAAAUUUCUGAGAAAAUGAAGGUUGUCGGUGCAAAUGUCCACUUCCAGAAGUUAGAAGCCAAGUGCUCAUCCCCGACAUUCUUUCAAAGCUAUCUGCAAAUGAUAGCCGCUCAAGAACUCUCCGAAUUUCUUCAAAUGGAGAUUCGCCUCAAAUUCGAGGAAGAAGUUCUUGAAUUCUACAGAAAUGGAGAGGUCAAAACUGCUCAUUCAAAGAAAAACCCACAGAAGACGUUUCCAAUCAUCCAAUCCACUGUUGGAGGUACAAAAGUGAAGCUUUCGCAAAAGAAAUUGGGAGAAAAGCUUCGCCUUCCCAAUUCUGGAGUUGAAGUUGGGAAAUUUCCAGUCAAAAAUCUGGACUGGAACAUCAUUGGAAUCUCUGGGCAAGUUCCUUCUGGCCCAGCGAAGAAAGCAGAUCUAAACAACGAUUACAAGUUGGUUUUGGAACUGGUCAUCGCUUGCCUCGAGUGUGGAAGUGAAGGUCAUGCCGAUGACAUCACCCAGGAGAGAGCCUUCAUCAUCAACUCUCUCAUUACCAAAACUAAGGUAAACUGGGCUGCACACAUUUUCAAAUCCAUUUCAAAACAUCUAGGAAAGCACAAUCAGAAGUAUCUCUGUCAAGGUCUGUAUAUUGGACAUAUUUUGGAAUCUAUGGGAGCUGCAGUUAAAGGGAAAAAGUAUGAAGCCAGAUACUGGCUGUACUACUUAUCCUCCAAAGGAGAAAACAGAGCUAGAGCUAGUGCUAGUGCCACUGCAGAAGAAAGCUCAUCAGACAAUGUUCCACUCAUCAAUUUCGCUAAGACUACCAAGAGAAAGCAUGUGAAUGAACCUGCUGAGGAAACAUCUGCUCAAAACCGGAGCCCUCAACAACUUGAAGAAGAAAUUCCUCAAGUCCAACGCCUUCCAACCUCAUCACCUCAACCUCAAAUAGAUGAUGCAGAUAACCAAUUCUGGCAGCUCUACUAUGGUUGGAAAGCCUGGAAAGUUGGAAAUUCAGCAGAGCAACUGUUGAAUUGGGACCAACAACUGAAGAAUGAGAAGAUCAUCAAAAAGUGCUUAGGAAUAUCAGUCAACCACAACUGUGAACAAAUUUUGGAUGACUACUGGGUAUGGCAAAGGUAUCCUGAAGACUUGCAUCUGGAAUACCUGGCCAACACACCAGUUUCUGACUUUGAAGCAGAUGAUGAAGAUCUUGCAGUCUUCAAGUCAAUCUUCUCAAAAGACACAGAAGAUCAAGUGGUUUUCACUUCUGAAGCACAAGGUGUUUUGGAAGCAGCAACUGAAGAUUUCCAAACACUUCCAGAAACCUCACAUGUUUCUGAAAUGGUUCUAACUGAAGUUGUAGAAGAGAAGGCAGCCUCUCCCCCACAAGAAGAGAACCAGGAAACAGCAGAUGAAGAAGAAUUUCAGCCACUAAUCCAAUCUCAAGUUUUGGAGAUUCUCACCACUCCUUGUGAGAUCUCCAAUCCUACUGAAAUUGAGAUCCCGGAAAAGUCAGCAGAAAUUCCGGAACAGUCAGCUCUUCCAGAAACAAUGGAGCAAGCUGUUGAAGUACAAAGGAAUUCUGGAGAAGCUGCAAAGGAAACUCAAAUGGCAGAACUAGAGGUCUCUGAAACUCCAGUAGCCAUUUUUGAAGAAGAGAAUACAGCUGAAGAAAGAGACUCCCUCUCUAGGGAUAUAUCAAAUAUUGCACUUGAAGCAGAAGGAGAGUCUGAAAGAACACUGAAGGUUACUGAUGAAGAAGAUGUGCAAGAAGAUGCUGAAUCUCUUCCUAUGCAACUCUUCCAAAGAACACCAUCAUCUCAUCAGGUAACCAACUUUCAUUUCCAUAGCUCUUCCACCCCUACUCUUCCGGAUGAGAUACCAGAAAUCUGGACAAAGAAGGUCCAAGGGCUGAUUGAAUCAGCCCUAGCAUCUCAACAUGCCUCCUUUAGGCAAGAGAUAGAGCAAAUGGAAGUCAGGCACACCCAGCUAAUAGAGAAAUCUGAAGGAAAACACAGCGCAGAUCUCAAAGAAAUAAGCAAAUCAGUGCAGAAGACUCUGGAGAAUAUUUCUCUAUUGAGUGAAACUGUGAGCAACACGAUGGAAAUAUAUGCCUCUGACAGUCAACUUCAACUCAAAGAGAUCAACAAAGUCAAAGAGCAAAUAGCGAGUGUCACAGUUAGUCUCCAAAAACAGAUGUCCCUUCUCCAAAUGGACAUCAAAUCAGCCCUAGCAGUAGCUUCUGCAAAUCAGGUAGUGACCAAAGACUACUUGAAGGUGAUCAUUGACAAUCAAAAGGAAGCAUGCAAGCUGUUCAGACUUAUUGGUGCAAACUAUGGAAACCGCAAGAUGGAAGUAAUUCUCCAACAACACAGUCCAUCUCCAAUACCACAGCUCCCUAUUGCAAUCAAAGAAGGAGAAGUAUCUUAUAUUCCUUCUCAUCUGAACUUGACAAAUCUAAUCCUCGAAGCACAGCAAAGAAAUCCGGAAGACUCAGCACAGCUUCUAUCCAGCUCAGGACUAGAUGGAACAGAAUUUAUAGGUACAGUUGUUGACCACUUCUCAAAUGAUACUCAAUCAGAAGAGAGACGUGAAAAUUUAAGGCGUAUCAAAGAACUGUGUGGGAACAUGAAGGGCAUCAGUGAGGUUGCCGGAUCUUCAAAGCGCAAGAGAAACUGAAGGUUCUUUUCAUCAAAACAGGGGGAAAGUAUGUGAGAACACUAAUGUGUUUUGAUGCAAACACCUUCUUGUUUAAACAUUGCUUGAUUGGUUUA